UUUUUUUUUUUUCUUGACUGAUUUUUUUACAGUCUGUUAAGGUUUAAAUUUCACUGCCAGUCUCCACAUUUCAUAUAUUCCUAUUGCUCCUACAAAAACAAAACAUGAAGUUGACAUUUCCACUUGUAAAGCAAACACUUGGGUUUUAUCAGAGCUGGUGCAUGUAAAUAAAGCAUAAACUACUGAAAAGCUGGAGUUUGAUGUUGUCUUUUGUUUUUAAAUCUGUCCCUAGAGGAAUUCCACAGCUGUGGAGGUGACUUGCUAUUGGAUAAUCAUAGCAUUGAAGAACCAAUCACACGCUGUAUCCAAGAGGAAUAGACUAUUUGGGCCUAAAUCAGGGUUUUUGAAGGCAAGGAGCUAUAAUUGGUGAAUUCAGUUGCUCCUCAAAGAUGUAAUAGUACAGUGAUGCAAUGACUUGUAUUUGAGAUUUUUAUUACAAACUAGAGGACAAAACAAAAAAUUACAUUGUGACUGAAGAGACUGACAUCACUGACAUGACAGCCCAAAGACUGGUUGACUGCACUGAAACGAUGGAGCCCUCUAGAGCCUGAAUGGAGUCACUGAGUCCAGAUGACCAUGCCCAUGGAUGUUUGUCUCCAUGGACACACCACAACAAGUCAGCGUUGAGGCAGAGAUUUAGCAGGGCUAAAGGAUAGAGAGGGAUAUAUAUAAUUUUUUUUUUUUUUUUUUUUUUGGUCAUUUGAAUGUGUUGAUCAUUGAAGAUGUCAGACAUGUGUGCAGUGUACAAAGUUUCCUCCUCUGUGAAGGUGAAGCAGAUGGAGGCAGAGCUGUGGAGUCACCUCUCUGCACUCAAGGCAGAGAUUGAAGAGAAUAGAGGAGCAGGAUCUUCUAAUGCCUACAGGUUUGUCUGUGAUGUAUUAUUUAAGCUCAGAUUGCCAAAAGGGUAGACCUGAAAGCUAUCCUUAACUCAAAAUAUGGCCGGUUGUUAUUUAACAUGAAUGUUUGCCCUUCACAAUGCAGACCGAUGUACUUAUGUGCUCAAAUAACCCUGCACAUUUCAGAUUUCUGUUCUGAAGCAGGACGCCUUUCGGUUUUCCACCUUAAAUCCAAGUUUAAGAUGCAUAUAAGGCUUGUAAAGUAUGCAACACAAGUAUUACCAGUAGUGAUGAUAAAUUCACAUUAACAGGCAGCUGAACUUUUUUGUUAGCGUUAUGUUCCCUGUAUAUUUAUCCAUUUCUUCUUUUUGGUUUUUUUUAAAAGCCUAAGUAGUGUAGCAGCAUAGUAGUCACUUUAGGUAAAAUGUGACAGAUCUGAGCUGUGACUGAUUUGUGGGCAUUUACAUUUUAAACCCAUGAUGUUUGUAAAAGUUUUUGUUCCAGUUCUGUACUACCUCCUAAAGAUAUUUCCUCCUUUCGUGUGGAGAGGGAGCAUGCACUGAGGAGAGGGCUUCAGGUGAUGCUUUCUACAGAAAGUUCAUUAUUAGUCUUGCAUUGUUAGGCUUUGAAAUCUUUGAUUUAUAUACAAUUUUAAGUGAAGGCAUUAUUUUUAGGGGGUUUUUUUUAGGUGUAGUUUGUUUUCUGCUGGUUUCAGGUGGCUGACAUUUUGCCGACUCGGUCUCAGGCUGAUAUCAUGCAGCGAGAGCUGGAGAGCUGCUUGAGUUUGGAGUACACUCCUGACAGUCUGCCUCUUCUGCUGCACCAGUUCUUCACAGACAGAUCUUAUCACUUGGCUCAGAUCAGAUAUCUGCUCAUGCUGAGAUGGAGGAGAUUUUGCCACCAUGCCAGCGUUAUUGAGAAGCUUUAUCCCCAUUAUAAGGAUCAGGUGUCCUACAUGACCCGUGAGUAUCAGGAUGCCGUUCAGAGAGCUCGCAGACUGUCAGCAAGCAGAGAGAAGAUGCUGACCGGCCGAGGAAACCCUGUCAGCCUGCUCACUCAGGACGAUGUCGUCAUUUAUCUGCAGUGGCUUGUCUGCCACCUGCACUCUGUUCAGCCCAUCCACCACUUUCUCAGGGUGCUCCACUAUGUACCUAUGUGUGAAAGAAAAGAUGAAGCACCAGGAAAGGAUUGUGGGGAAAUUUUGCAUGAAAGGCAACAGGCUGAUGUUCACCUGGAGCAGUUCAUGCCCGAGCUGGAGUCCCUGCUCGCCUACUUCUGCCUGCCGUAUGACACAGGAAAUCUGAAAACCACUGCAGAUGAGAUGGAGCUAUUCAGCAUGGUGUGGAGGGAGUUUAAAACAAUCUUCCGACAACAAGAGCAGAUGAAAACGUUUCCUCCUUACGACGGUAUGGACGUCAGAGAGAGUCAGUGGGGGAGGAAGAGUGCAAACAUGGCUGUAUGCAAGGAGGCUAACUGGAUUCCUUUCAUCCAGGUGAAACCCAGGCGAGAUCCGUGGCAGCAGAAGCUCUUCACAGAGCUCAAGGAAAAGAAUUCAGUUGAUGAGCUGCUCCAGAUGCAGUGCAAGUUUCUUCAGGUCCGCAAUUUGCUCCACGUGGCUGCAGCUCUCAAAGAACAUGCUGCACAAGUUGGCGACUCACAAUCCACAUCGUUCAUCUCAAGCAGCCGCAAGACAAAAAAACAAAUGAUUUCUGAGAUCUGGAAAAAUGUUUACAACGCUGCCAAUCUCAUUCAGGAAACCCACAGUCACUCAUUCGCAUCCAGAGGGAGCAGAGGCAGCAACAAAGAGAUUUCAAAGAGUCAGACUUCAAGCUUUUACCAUGAAAGUCAGUCUUUGGAGGACAACCUGCAGGUCCUGGGCCUGGAUGACAGUUUACCUGAAGGCUUCUCGGGUCCAGUAGUAACCAGAGGAGCUUACCUGUCCCUCAUCUUUCUGCGCCACUUGAAACUCAGAGAGCUCCAGCGUGUGUCACUUGGGAUGCUGAACUACCUGCGCUCUGUGGAAAGGACUUUGACCUUUGACCUGGCAGGUUUGCAGCUAGAAGGACAGGUGCUGCGCAGCACAGCGGAGGAGACGGGUUGGAUGAAUGUAGCCAGAGGAGGAAAAGGAGAGGCAGGUGGUCUCGGCUCUGUCCAGUAUAUUCACAGCACUCCUGUCGAUUACAAGGUCCACUGCUCAGAGUUCAUGGAGUUUGCAGAGGUGGAGAAUCUUCAUGAUUUUUACACCUCUGAGGGUCGUUACAUCCACACUCAGGACCCCAGAGGGUUUUACAUCAUGUACGACGCUGCUCUGCAGGACCUUGUAGAGCUGAUGAAUGAGCUUCUCCUCAUCGGCUCGCACUUCAUCCACAGAAACACGAUCAAACAAAUUGGAAAAACUGAGGGAGUGUCAGCCUCGACAGUAGAUUUCAACUCCUGGGCUGGGACAGAUGUUGACCGCGUUGCUUUGCUUCUCAAUUUGUGGACAUGUGAGACUGAGUUCAUGGAGAGCAAAGUCCAGCUUUUAAACUGUUACUAUGAAGCCUACCAGCAUGCAGUGGGCACAGAGGAGAGGUUUGCAUUGGCCCAAGUUAUCACUGACAUCAUGCACAGGAAGCCACAGCUGGACCUGAACCAGGAUAACUAUUUUCAGGCCUGCAGGACUGAGAUCAGCUGCAUGCAGAGCCACCAGCGGCUGAUCCGAGACAUUCUGGACAAUCAGAUAGAGAGACAGCGACUGUACCUUCAGCGCAUCUGGAGAAAUGAUCACAAAGGCUUUAUAACCAGCUAUGGUCGUCCACUCGACUAUGUUCCCCAAUAUUUGGUCUCACUUGGAGGCACAAGGCCUGCUCUGAUGAACGUAUUCCUGCUAGAAGUUCACCCAUCACUCUGUCUGGCCUCUGCAGUCUAUCACGGAUUGGUUCAGGCUCACACUGAACUAUGUCAGUUGCACCGAGCCACGAGCAUCACUGACAAACUCCACCUCGAACACAACCUUUUAGAGCAGGCACUGAAAAUCUGGAACAACCAGACUUCACCAGGAGCCUCCUACAGCUCACAAAUACAAAGAGAUUUGUUCUCAGACGUGUUUAUCGAGGAUCCAAUUUUGGUCCAGAAGUUGGGCCUGUCACUAGUAAAAGCUGCAGAGGAGAGGGACAUGAAGCAAGGACCAGACAAGCACCCCUGUGCUGUAGAAACAUUGUCCAUGCUGCUGGAGUUUAUGAGCAUCCGCCAUCGCCUGCUGGAAUCUGCCUCAGAGACGGCACAUCUGGCACAGCUGUACAGAAAUGUGGCCUUAGAGCUCGGCUUUGAGGAGUUCCACCUGUAUCUGAGGCCGCUGCAGUUUGAGUGUACUGAUCAGAAAGUCAGAGUCCAGCAGAGGCCUUUUUGUAUCACAGAAAUCCUGGAGGACGACAGCUGUGUGGACAGGCUCAUCCCAUCCCAUCUGCCUCUGAGCAUCCAGGAACUGGACGAGAACCAGACCGGGAGGUUUAGCUUCAGCUCAGAGGAAGCAGUUAUCCAUCUUAUGAACAGACAGAGUAUCGAGAACCUCCAGGUGGCGUUGGCCUGUCAGGUUACACAGAAGAACGCCUUGAUGAGUGCGGUCAAACUGGCUCGACUUUGUCUUUGGGCAGAAAGUGACUCAUCUUCAGCCGAGAGGGAAAACAAAGAUGUAACAUGUAGCUCUGACAGCCACACAGGCGGCCUGCAGGAACAAUAUAAAUCUUUUCACUCCAAACCCUCCACGAGAACUUCCACAAAAAAGCGGGUGAUGGGCGCAUUUGUGUCCAUCCAGCUGGAAAAAGUGGGUCUGCGUGACGAGAUGCUGAAUUCAUUUGUGAAGAAGAAACAGGCCGUGGGGGGGUUUCUAAAAACCCCGGAGGAGGCUGCAAAGAUCAAAAGGGAGCUCAUAAUCGACUUUCUCAGGAAAUUCAGCACACAAAUGUCUAUGCACUGUGUGAGAGCUCAGAUUGUUGGAUAUUACCACAAUCUGACCUUUCUCUUGGAAGACAUUCCCUACAUUCGUCAGUCCUACUUCAUGAUUGGACAGCCGGUUGCUGAUCGUUGUUCUGACCCCAGGAUUUUUCAGCAGUUGUGUGCAGAUGGAAGAACUCUCCUCAACCUCUGGUACAUCCCCCACUUCACUGAAGUGCUUCGCAUGUUCAAAACACUUAAUGUUUCGGCAUGUGAUGAGGCUCUUCGUCACACUCUGCAGAUCGUGUCAGCUCUUCAUGGCAUCAUUCAUUACCUGAUCAGCUUCUCCAAACUGGGAAACAGACAAGACUCUUUAAGAUGGGGGAGAGGACAUGAUGCAGCAGGGUCACUUCUGGCGGCUGACUGGGGAGGCGCUGAAAGCAUCGGAACAGAGUUGCAGGAGCUCCAGAAGCAGGUUGAUCAUCUCUCUGAUCCCAGCAACCUGGAGUCUGUCGGCCGCCUGCUGCAGCUGCGCAGGCAGGUUCUCCUGCUGCAGUUUGAUACUGCUGUCAGAAUCUUUGUCAGGGAGGCUUUCCUCUCCUCUGGUGAUGUUACUUCCUACCAGAGUGUAAAUGACAACAUGGCGAACGCUCUCCCUCCGAUGAUUGGCUGCAUCCAGACUGACGUCUUCAGUCUCACACUGCCAGUUCCUCAACCUUUGGAGAAUCAAGGCUGUCAGGCGCAGAGGAUGUAUCCAUGGAGGAGUUUCAUAGCCUGUCAUGGACUGCUCCCUCUUCAUGUUUGGGAUGUCCCACCUACUGAACACUGCAUGCAGCUCUGUUUGAGCAGCCUGAGCAGUCGCAGCAGACUGCAGGCCAAUGCUGCAAUCCUUGGGGUGUCCCUGCUCAUGGAGGACGUCCUGAACGGUGGAAGAGAGGCAGAGCCUGUUCGUCUCCAUGGCAACAAAGAUGACCUUCAGCAUAGUGGCACACCUAAUGAAGUAGCGACAGUUUCUAACAAGGGAAAUAAAAGCUGCAGUGAAGAUGAUGAAGAAGAGGAGAUAAAGAUCAAUUCCUCAAACCUUCAAGAUCCAAUCAGAGUCCAGUCUGUGCUGAAAGGUUUUCUCCUGCUGACAAAGCAGCUGGAGGUCUUCAAGGAGAGAUGGGCUCUAAGACGUUUAGGCGCCGAUGUCUUCAGUACACCUGCUUUGUAUCAACAGUUUGUAAAACUUUACCGAGAUGAAAUCUUUUACCCCAGUAUGAGAGCUCUGGCUAAACAAAUGGAUAAAGAGCAUCACUAUGAGGUUUUAAUCUCUGGCACCCAGUCUCUUCUGCCCCCUCCUGGAGCUUCAGAGGUUGAUGUGAAAGCCUGGCAGCUCUACCUGCUGAUGGAGAGCACAGAGUGCGACAUGAUUAGAGCAGUGCAGAGAAAGAUGAGCAGAGAGCUCACACUAGUGCUUUCAGAGAAAACUCAACAAGAUAAUCGGCUCCCCACAGAGCUGUGGAAAAGAAGUCAAAUGAAGUACAGUUUGUCCCGUGAGAAGCCACAGAUGGUGGAAACGUUCAUCCAGCAGCUGAUGCAGGGAGCUGAGCAGUCGGAGGGAGAGCUGAAGGUCUCUCGGGAUCAUCUGCAGCAGUGUCUCACUCACCUCGGCUCCUCAGUGAUGGAGCGAGAGCGUCAAUGCUUUCUGCUUUACUCACAGUUUUAUGAACAAAUCCUGCAGCAGCACACUCAGCUUCUGUACGAGAGAGAGCAGGAUUUGAAGAGUUUGAAGGACGCUCAGACAAGUAAUUCUCACAAAGAGGUGGCAGAUUUAUGCCGUGGGAUGAUGUUGGAGGUCUCAGCCCUGCGGGCCCAAGUUGCUCACCUGGAAGAAGAGAAAAUUAAUUUAGAGGAACAGCUCGGCCUCACAUUCAAAGAACGCUACCACCCUCUGGUCCGACACCUUUUCUCUACCUGCAUCCAGUUAAAGGCCAGACUUGAUGAAUAUCCCCGACAAAUGAGGCGGGACAUAAGUGUGAUAGUGAACAGAGCACGGGGGGAAGGAGUGGACAAGAUCAUCAAGCUCAAGAAGAGGUACGGCUGCACCAAAGACAAUGAUGGACUCGCCCUCACACAGUUAAAGAAGGAAGAAGUCCACGAGUUGAAGCUGGAGAACAGCCGGCUGACUGCUCUGCUCUGUAAACUGAAGGCUCUGAGAUGCUGGAGGAAGGUGGUCGACCAGGAGAAACUUCACAGGCAACUGCUCCAAACCAAGCAGAGGGAGGUUACCGCUCGCACCGAGGCUCUCAGAGUGAAAAUGCUAUCAGAGGAUAAGGUGGCUCUCCUGCAGGGGGAGCUGGACUUUGCACAGCAGGCGCUGACCUGCUCUCAGGCCGAAUGCAGCAGCAUCAAGAAGCAGCUCAGCAGGAAGACAGAGGAGCUCCAGGUGUUCAGGCAUCGGUCUGCACGGGAAGCCCGCAGCAGACAGGAGCUGGACGCUCAUCGAGUGCAGACCUUGGAACAAAUGAGAGCCGACAUGGAGGAUAGAGACAGACAGCUCAGGGCCCUCGGUGAGCAGCUGGACAGAGGCAGCAGGAUAAACAGGCUACAAAGAGAGCGCAGUGCCAAAGAGAUCCGGCAGGUGAGGGGGCAGCUACAGCAGCAGUGCAGCCUUAAACAAGAGGCCUUUCAGCAGCUGGAUAAACUGCAGAACCAGAUGAACGAUGUGGAGGCAGCUCUCCCCAGAGGAGCUUCGACAGCAGGUCAAAGCAGGACUUAUUGCACGCUGUCAGUCAGCAGACUGAGUACUAGAAGUCCCUCGACAGGUCUGCACCGGAACAGGCUGCAUUCAGCCCUGCAGCCUGGCAGCCUCACAAACUACACCACACCUCAGGACUUUGCAACAGAGCCAAGACAGCAGAGAGCAGAAACAGCCAGAGGUCUUUCAAACACGAGCACAGACAGAUCUAAAGCAGAUCUGUGUCGCCUGCGCCUCCCGAUAGCCGAGGCUUUGUUCCCAGAUCUGUGAGGUGCAGCAAUCAGUCACACACACAAACUUGAUUAGCAGAUUAGCUUGCUGUAGGCUUGCCUGUAGUGUUUUAUAGCUCUGUGUGAACUGAAUGUUAUCUAUUCCAUUCCCAAAGCUGUGACAUGCAUGUCUUCCCUUUAACCUACAGCACAGCAUCUUGAUGUUGCUCCUCUCCAUAUUUCAGUAACUUUUUAAAUAUUCAAAAUAAAUACUUUCAAAGCUCUUAACAAAACUCUUAUCACUGAUAUUUUACUUUCUGGAUAUUUCUAUAAUUUGCCUUUAUUUUUAUCCGUACUUAACUUUUGUCAAUUAAUAGCAUUACAUCAUGUCUACUUAAGGUUUCUAAUACUCAUAUUAGAUAUAUACCAAUUUGAGCUUAUUGCAAAUUUAUCAAAGGAAUCAUGUCAGUUCAUUUUUCAGUUGUAGAAUGAGUUUGGUCACAUCUUAUGAAAUAAAACCAAAUGAUGACGUUUUUAAGUGGGCAAAAACAAAAACCUGUUUUGUCAUAAGCGCUAAAAAAAAUCAUUAAAAAUAAUAACUGUUUAGCAUCUGUUGCAUAGUAACUGUCUUCUGUUCAGACUGUACAUAAAAGGUGGAGAUAGCCAUGUUUAUAUCAACCAUUUGAUUGUGAACAAACCUUUUAAAGACUCCAAUUGAGCGUUUUGGAAGUGAGGAUCUUGGAACCAGUCCUACCUGCAAAAGCUACCCGCUUUAUUAUCACCAAUUUUACAGUAAUUAAUAAAAUGAUUAAAUACCAAU